UAGCAACGGCGGGCAGCGCGUGACGUAAACAGUUGCGUUUGGGUCUGAGGCGCGCGCCCGCCCUCUGGUAGCUUUGCGCCUCGCGUUGUCUACUCGUUGGGUCGCUCUGUUCGGUUGCCGUGAGGAGGAAGCACCGCAGACUCUGCGCCUGCUGGCUACCUUUCCCGGGUCACUGCGGCGAAGAUGGCCUCAGGAGUGCAAGUUGCUGAUGAAGUAUGUCGCAUUUUUUAUGACAUGAAAGUUCGAAAGUGCUCCACACCAGAAGAAAUCAAGAAAAGAAAGAAGGCUGUCAUUUUUUGUCUCAGUGCAGAUAAAAAGUGUAUCAUUGUGGAAGAAGGCAAAGAGAUCUUGGUUGGAGAUGUUGGUGUAACCAUAACCGAUCCUUUCAAGCAUUUUGUGGGAAUGCUUCCUGAAAAAGAUUGUCGCUAUGCUUUGUACGAUGCAAGCUUUGAAACCAAGGAAUCCAGAAAAGAGGAGUUGAUGUUUUUUUUGUGGGCACCAGAACUAGCACCUCUGAAAAGUAAAAUGAUCUAUGCGAGCUCCAAGGAUGCAAUCAAAAAGAAAUUUCAAGGCAUAAAACACGAAUGUCAAGCAAAUGGGCCAGAAGACCUCAAUCGGGCUUGUAUUGCUGAAAAGCUAGGUGGAUCCUUAAUUGUAGCUUUUGAAGGAUGCCCUGUGUAGAUCAUUAUUCAGUGCCACAAUUCAAAAGCUUCCGUGUUUAAUGUUAUUCUCUUGCUAUAUAAGUAAAGCAUAUGUGUUUAGGCCAGGGUCUCACUGAGGGGGAGCUGUCUUGUUACCUGUUAGAGUAAGUAUUCUGCAAACAUGUGCAAAUGGCCCUAAAUAAAUCUAAAAUAUAAAGUUUUAUUGGUGUAAAAUUAAAUUCUUCCUGGCCAAAUACCUGUUUUGAUAAGUUGGCAUGCAAAGAUUUUGUUAAGCUCAUGAUUUUUAAUGAUGCAGUUCACAGAACAGUACAAGGCCAUAUGAAGAACUAUUGUAUCUUUAGCCUCAGCAGUUGUUUCUUUUGCUUAGAGAAUUGGCCAUAUUCUGUUACAAUUUUGUCCCCAAUUCUUUACUCUCUCAAGCUAAACUGAAUAAUGGCAACUGAUUCUCCUCACAACAUGUAGCACUGAUAUCUAACUACAGGAAGAUGAAGGCAGGCAGUCUUUGAUUCUACCUGCUGUGUAAGGGAGGCUGCCUCAGAACUGUGUGUGCUUAUUAUAAUCAGCGCUCAUCUUGCAAAACACUAUUUCAGACACACAAUUGACUAUAGGAAGCAGCUCCCUGCUUCUGCGGUGAGCUCUCCACUCGGGAGACUGUUCUAAGUGACCUUGCAUCUUGGAAGUCAUGGUGUGUCCUCAGGAGAAUGUGCAGUAUCUUGUAACAACUAAUUAUAGUGCAAAUUAGGGCUCCAUUGUAAUACACUUUGUUAACAAAAAUGAUUAAACAGUAUAUUGACAAGCUGGGACACAUGUGAUAUCUUUGUGGCUCCUUGAGAAUUUUGUUGGUUCUGGUACAAUAAGGUGUGGAAAAACAUUAAGUAUAUGUUUCCUCAGGGGCCUUGGAGAACUUCUUCAUUUCCUAGAGCAGUUUUGUCUGUGUGUGAAGUGGGGAGCAGGCAUGUUGGGUGACACCCACAGGAAGCCACUACCUGAUGACACUUGGAAGCAAUUGUCCUUAACAUCACAGGCACCUUGAACAAUAGAGAUGCACAGUUGAACUUAGAAGUAGCAGUAUUGGCUUUAUGUAAUAAAGGAAGCAUUUUUAACUUA